AUGGUACCGUCCAGACUUUCCAGACCACGAAAGAGGCACAAGAGGGACUGCGGGUCAAGGAGGACUCUGGUGACGCUCGCUCCAGCACACCCGGGAGAUUCCAAGGAACAAGUCGAGGGAGAAAAGAGGACUCAGGGGGUGGUGGUGGGAAUUCCUACAGGACAACAGCGAACAUAUAUGUUUAAGGAGCCAUAUAUGUUUAAGGAGCAGCUUAUGUUCCUGCGUGCCAUAAUGGAUUUGCGUCCAACGGAGGACAACCUUGAGGAGGACGUGGAGGAGCCUUUGGAGCAGCACUCCAGUGCCUGUGAGGCAGAAGGGCCAUCCUCGCCACCUCCUACUGAUGUUGAAGAAGGGAGAGCAUCCAGUGCGUCCCAAGCGACUGCUCCCCCUCCUAUGGAAGUUGAGGCAGCAUUGGCAGGCCACACACGCCGAAAGAGACCAGCCCAGCCUGUGCACACCUCAGUAAACCUGCAGGUGCUUGAGUACCUCAAUCAUGCACGCCAUGAGGACACUUUUGACCUCUACGCAAGGAGUCUGGCCACCCACUUUCGGAAUCUGCCUCCAGAACGAUACUUUCAUAUCCAAUCGGUAAUCAGUAUUGCUCUGGAGGCAGCCACUCCUCCUAAUGUUCCUUCGGAUCUUUUUAGGGCCUGUGAGUACUGGCGGAUAUAUGGCAACACCAGUGGGCCUGUGCCAAGGCCACCUCUGCAAAUGUACCCACAGCCAUCCCAAUACCCUCCUCAAGGGCAACACUAUGGCCCCCCACCUCAGCAUUAUGGGCCUACAUACAGUGGAGAGGCCGCUUACCGGGCAAACGGGCCCCUCAUCUUCACAGAGUAUGCCAGCGCCACAGCCAGGUCCCUCCUCACAUGCCACUUACCAUGGCCCACAGUAUGA